AUGGCGACUUCCAUGGUGACGGACUUCGGCGACGGCCACUGCAUCGUGGCGUUCGACCAGGACCACGUCCACACCACCCUGACCUCCUCCGGCGGCGUCGUCGACGAGUGGCUGGACCUCAUCUACCGCAUCCACCGCCGCCGCCUCGAGCGCCUCGUCGUCGGCCUCGACGUCGAGUGGCGCCCCUCGUUCCGCGGCCUCCCGCCGGGCCCCGUCGCGCUGCUGCAGCUGUGCGUCGGCCGCCGCUGCCUCGUCUUCCAGAUCCUCCGCGCCGACUACGUCCCGGACUCCCUCUUCGACUUCCUCGCCGACGGCCGCUUCACCUUCGUCGGCGUCGGGGUCUACGGCGACGCGCAGAAGCUCAGCGCUCACUACGGGCUGGCGGUGACGAACACGGUGGACCUGCGCUACCUCGCCGCGAACACGCUGGGGAAGCCGGCGCUGCGGCACACCGGGCUGCAGGGCCUCGUGUGGCAGGUGAUGGGCGUGUGGCCCGAGAAGCCGCACCACGUGCGGGUCAGCGCCUGGGACGCGCCGCGGCUGGCGCGGGAUCAACUGCAGUAUGCUUGCGCCGACGCCUUUGCAUCGUUCGAGGUUGGCCGGAGGCUGUACGACGGCGACUAUUAG